UAUCUAUAAUUGAAAAAAACUGUAGUUUGGUUUCCAGUCUAGCGUGUAGGAUGUGUUGCUAAUCGUUGUUCCGCUAAAGUGACAUUUAUUUUUGAGAUAGCAUGCAGCUAAUGUUAGCAUGUUUCCAGAGCAAAACAAUGGAUGUUACAGCACCGUCCUAAGUUAGCUCUAACUACAUGAUGCUUAAGACACAAUGCUAUAGUUGGUCUAUUAAGUGUCGACCUGAGAGAUGUUAAAACAUGCAAUACGAAAUAGGGACUUUUUUCUAACAGGGAAUAACGUUACAAGUCGCAAUACACAGCUUUACACAUAUUUAUAACACAAAGUUAUCGCGAGGUUUUAACCGUGUCACGUUAGUAAACACAAAAACAGUAGAUGUAGUUAGCAUAAUUGAUAGGUUGCAUUCUGUCUUAAAAAAACAGUAUAUAUUUAACAGUCAUUUAAACUGGGUUAACAUAUUAGAUAAUCUAAUUUCACCUUUUUAACAAUUGUAGCUUCAUUUUGAGAUGGUUGUCAACCUGUGACGUCAUGAUGUUGGUUGUCUACUGUUUUAUCAUCAGCUGUUACUCUUAAAUCUAGUCCACAUUUAUAACAAGUGACAGCAGCACUGACAACCACUUACUAAAUGGAAAAGAAGGAACCCAAAACUAUAAAGCGAUGCAAGGGGGGUCACUUUUGUAUUGCCCCUGGAUGCAACAAUAAUUUUUAUAGAGUCAAAACCCAAGGAAAAAUUGUCCACUUUCAUGCUUUACCAUUUAAGCGCGAAGAAGUUCUUCGUCGUUGGGUAGUUGCACUGAAGCGAGAGAGUACUCCAGUUCGUCCUGGAGCUAGGGUUUGUAGCGAGCACUUUGUAGAUGAGGACUAUGUGAAGGAGAAGGCCUUUCAGUUGGGUGUAAAGGUGGUUCGCCGGACCAAUAAACUGAAGUCCGAGGCUGCUCCCUCUGUGUUUGGGGGUGCAGACCAUCCAACCCAACCUGCUAGCAAUGAAGUAGCUGCGAGCCGUCAGGAACAAUCGCAACGAUUCGCCCGCCUGGUUGAGCAGAGAGAGCAUCCACAGAGAGUCAACGUUCACAUCCUUGAAGAGAGACCCAUAACAUUAUCAGCAGCCAUGGAUUCACCAGUGACCCAGCUGUCAGUCAUGUGUGAGGUCUGUGGAACUUACUUUGAGACUCGUAAAGGGCUCUCCAGCCACGCCCGCCUCCACCUACGGCAGCUCGGUGUGACGCUGUCUGAAAGCAGCGGCGCUCCCAUCGAACUCCUCUACCAGCUCAUGCAGGAGAGAGGAGGCUCUCUUCCGGAUUUUAAAGCAGACUCCUCUGAAACCGGGGCGACCCCACCCCAAAAAACAACCAAGCAGGAGACCGGGACACCUUCCGCACCAGAGGACAGCAGUGACUCCUCCAAAUCAGGGAGCAGAGUCAUGACUAAAAAAAUGGACCACAGAGCAGGGGAAGGCAGCAGCUCAUCGUCAGGGCAACAAAACCCAACCAAGCCAAUGUGGGCACCACUGCCAACGGACGCUCCCAUCAGCUUAGCUUCAGUCACCAAAAAUGAGGUCCACGUGUGCCAACUCUGUGGCUGCUGGUACGGGACACGCAAAAGCUUGUCGGGUCACGCUCGGACCCAUCUGCGCCAGAUUGGAAUCCCUGAGAGCGACAUCAAGGGAAGCCCAAUUGAUUCUGCUUUACCAGAUUAUGAAGGAGGAGGACUUCAAGCCCAUCAGCAGCGAGGGGAAACCGGGGGAGCUCACCUCAAACAGCCCCUCCACAUCCACCUCCUCCAAACGGCCCUCGAUUCAAUCACCUCCAUCCAGCAAACGGCUAAAACCGUCGGAGAACUUUACCUGUAUUCUGUGUGGGGAGGAGUUUGAGAAUCGUAAAGGCCUGGGAAUCCACGCACGCGCUCACCUGCGUCAGAUGGGAGUGGUUGACCUGCAGGGGAAAAGCUCUGCGAUUGACACCAUCCAGGAGCUGGUCAGCAGCGGCAUGCUAGAAGCCAAAUUCCAAAGGAACAGUACAACCAGCUUGUCUGCAGCGUCCCUCCCCUCCACAUCCCUCUCCCCAAGCCCUGCGAAGUACCCUCGCACUCCUAUAGCCCCAAAGGCUAAGAAAGGCUUUCGGCUAGCGGUGGACCCCCUUCAUAGGAAGCCCAAGCCGGAGCCCGUGGAGGUUGAAGUGUCUGUUGAAGCGCAGAGAUCCAGCACUAACAGCGAGUCUUUCACGCAGAAGACACCUGCUGCGCCAAAGACUCUUAUCGCAGGUGUAGAAUCUCCGCCCACAGUCCUCUGUGAUUACUGUGGCCAGCUGUUUGAAACCCGCAAAGCUCUGUCCUGCCACGCCCGCGCCCAUCUGCGCCAGCUCGGAUUCUCCUGGUCCAUCAAAUCUUCUCCCAUCGAUCUCCUCAAAGAGAUCAUGAUGCGUGGUGAAGAAGGAAAGAAAGUGACUGCCGCCUCCUCGGGCAAACCCUCAUGGACCCCCCAGGGCUCCAGACGGUCCCUGGACAGCCUCCAGUCAGGGGAAGCAGCCCACACCUCCUCCUCACCUGUGGAUUACUCCAUGAGAGAGAAAUCCUCGACGGGCAGGAGCUGGACCUCACUCAACGAUGCAUCCUGUGAGCUUUGUGGCUUUCGCUUUGAGAACCGAAAGGCCCUGGCCAGUCACUCGCGGGCCCACCUCCGACAGCUGGGGAUCAUGGAGUGGAAGACGGACGGAGCGAGCUCGCCCAUCGAUCUCCUCAGUGAGUUGAUCCGGACGGAGCCGGCCAAGGUCGCAGCUCUAACCAGCCGCUAUCGUUCGGGAGACUUUUUCAUCAAGAAGUCCCAGAAGGGUGCUGCUUCGCCCUCUCUGUCCACAGACUCUGACUCUGUGCCCGGCAGCAGCCUGAGGCCUUCAGGAGGCAGAGAGAACGCAGAAUUAUCCAGACACUCACACAGCCACACACGAACUCCUGCGGCCCAUCGCCGCGACCCUGGCCAGCGCUUCCCAAGGGGGGUCCAUCCACCAAGACGUGUUGUGCCUGCAGGAGGAGAAAAUCGGGACACCAAUUCCCAGCAGCCACCACGGUCAGGCAGCAUCCCUGCUAUGCUGCCAAAACCUCCACUAACACCACUGGUCAAACUGGUGGGGAAAGUCUACUCGCUCAAGUGCAGGUUCUGUGAAGAAGUGUUUCAUGGCCCUCUGUCGGUCCAGGAGCGCUGGAUCACACACCUGCAGAAACACAUCCUGUCCCUGGGCUACAAAGGCAAAGCGUCUCCACCUGCUGCACCUGUGGCAGCUCCAGCUCUCGUCCAUCCAGUCGCUGUGUAGUCCCAAAGUCUUUAUGAAAUUCACAUUAAACUAGGUGAACAUUUUUAAACGUCACGGCAGAGUCAGGAAGUCUUUAUGUCUACUUGAGGCAAUACAUUGUCAGUUAAAAAAGUGCAAAAUAGAUUUUCCUUUUUUUGUCCUAGAGAGGGCAGGCAUGAGCCUUAUGAGGAUAGCAGCAGAACAUAAUCAACUCAGGUGAAAUCCACUGGAUCACAUUAUCGUAUGUUUUUUAGACAAAAUAUCCAAGGCCGGUGAAUCCCUACUGAUGUGCGGUGCUUUCUUCCUCCUGCUGAUAAUGCAUACCAUUGGUAAAGAUGUUGUUAAUGUGUUUGAAUGUGAUUCAAUACUUGUCAUUUCCCACACUGAGAGAAUAAUCCUGAUUUCACUGUGAUAAAUAUUAUCUCCUUAGUGUGCUUUUCAAUUGAGUCUUGUUUUACACAUUUAUUUUUUUACAAUAAAAUCCGGAAGACUUAUUUUUUCGCAAAUUGAUAUUUUAUGAACAACCAAACACUGAAAGGGAGGCCCAAAAAUGUAACUUGUGAAAAGAAAAUAUAGAAGGUUAUUAGAAAUGUAAUGUACUGAAAGCCUCAAAUGUCUUGACCAUAGAGACCCAGUGUUUCUAUUAUUUCCUUCAGAUGUAAAUGCAAAUAAUGAACUGCGUUUCUUGUCUUUUUACGUUUUUUUCUAACACUAUGUUAUUAAACUGUGCGUUUGUAUUUAACGAUAAA